GUAGUAAAAGUUAGUGAAAACUAUUGGGAAUCGUUGGAAGAUGGUGGUUGCUCGUUUUGGCCACGGGAAUGUGUAAAAAUUCCUCUGCGAAGUGAGGGUGCUGUGAACUUUCAGUGGACUCUGCGGUUAUACAGUGGUGGAAAGGUGCAAAUCGAAAAAGGGGACUCGAGAUCGAGUUUGGGAUACCAAGUGACCAGUUUAAACGGGAAAAAAGUUAUUCAUGGAAAAAAUUUCAAGAUGGAAACAUUGCUAUCGAUCGAGAACAUCUAGUAAACGAGUAAUUCCAAGUGUGAAAUAAAAAAGUGAAACCCGCAAAUAAGGUGCCUGAGUAGAAAAAGUACGAAAACAGGUUACAGAAAUUACCAACCCCCAAACGUGAGCUGUGAAACAUUGUAUCAGACAAAAUCGAAAACGUUCCGUCGUCCCCUGGUGAGACUAUCAAAUAUACCACCCAUCCUGCCCAAUUGCAGCUGCCCAAACAGUUCCAUACAACAAGUGAAUGCCCAUAGCGAGUGUCCCCGAGUACCCCCAGAAUGUCGCACCCACACGGCUUAAGGUACCCACAGUACUCGUCCUCUGGGGCGGGUCCCCAGACGACGAACAGCAAGACUUCCUCGCCUGCAAACGGUGCUAGCAGCGGACGUCACGCGGGAUCGACAGGCUCUGGUCAGCCGCAGAUCCCUCCGCCACCGACACUGCGGCCAGCUAUGUUGGUGACAUCCUCCGGCUGUUCAAUGUUGCCUUCAAGUGGUGGUCAGCAACACCAACUGCCGACUGGUGGCGGACAACAGGCAACAGCGCAGCAGCAAAGCCAAACGACUCAAACGUCAUCUGGCGUUGUGCCAAAGUAUUCGACCAUUAGUGGUAGCUUGUCCGGAUCGGAUACGGACGUAUCGACAUCGACUGAAAACCUAACCAGGGAGGAACGAUACGUACUCCGACAUGCACGUGUCGAACCGCAGGGCGAGGAGAACAUGCAGGGUAGCGUAACGCCUGUGAACGAACUCCAAAGUCGCUACAUUCCGGACAAAUUUUCCGCCAAUGGGUCGUCGGAUUCCACGCGAUACGCGACGCCCAACAGUAGCCAUGCCUACAUCAACGCCGGAAACGAUGGAUCGAACCGGAAUUCCCUGGUCGGAAACAACUCGAAUCGGAACUCUCUCAAAGAGCCAAACUCAAAUCGUUCCUCGAUGGAUGUCUCCCAGUCAUCGUAUAAUACGUUCAUCAUCCACGAUGACAGUAUGUACACGGUGAACGGUGAAUUCUCCAGCCCACCCCCGUACAUGAAGAAGGAACGGCCGCGAUCCUACGGGGAGUCUCAACAUCCGAUGCAGGAAAUUGCGGAGAUUCCCGAGGAAUACCUCAGUCAGAGUCACGUUCUGAAGCACCUCGCCAAGGAGGUAAAAAUGCUGCCCCGUAAUCGAAGCGAUUCCAAUACACGGGAUUCGGGCGUUUCCGAGAAUACGGACCUACGAGAUCCGCCCAAGUAUGGACAACACUGGACCGGACAGAGUGCAUCGACGGAUGAGUCGGCAGCCUCCCAGGCGAAUGCUAAGCUCAAGAGCAAGAGUCAACCUGAUCUCACCCGGCUUGUUGAUAUCGAUCCCGAGGAGGUGGAGGCACUGUUCAAGGAAAAUCAGCACUUGAAGCAGCAGCUUAACAGCUGCUACCUCAAGGUUGCUAAAAGUCAGAAGUUGGAGCAGGAGAUCGCCAAUAUUUAUCGCGUACACGAGGAACUGGUGCAGUCCUGCGAACGGCGGGAGCGUUUGGAGAAGGCAGCCCGCAAUCGACUGCAACAGGACUGCAGACGAUUGCAGGAGCUUAACAGGGCCUUCCGGGACCAGGUGGAAGUUCUGCAGAAUCAGCUUGUGUCCUCGUCGGAUCAUCAGCUCGGUCGAACGCAGCAAGAUGUGCUCAUUUCGCAACUGGUGACGCAGAAUAAAUCGCUGGUGGAUGCAAACCGACGACAAUGCAUCGAACUGCAGGCCCAGAAUGCCACCUUGGAGGAGCAACGGAUUCACAUCAACGUGCUUGAUACAGCUCUGAAACGGCUGGAAGAAGAGUGCCGUCAGAAACAAGUGUACGUUGAGCGCUGUGCCCAGUUGCAGCAUGCGCUCCAGUCCCUCCAGAAUGCCAGUGAACGAAGAGAACAGGCGGAAAGGAAGCUCCGCAUGGAUUACGAGAGCGAUUUACCGAACCGAAGUGGCAGCAGUACGAACAGCGAAAAUGAUAAUCUCAAGUGGCAGCUGCGUGAGAAGGACGCACAGAUAAUGAGACUUGAAGCUGAGUGUGCCAAGCUGGAGCAACGUAAUCUUGAGGAAUCGAACGUACGAAAUGUCGCCAAGCUGGCAAUGGAACGCAAUUCGCAGGAAACGGAGCGCAUAAUUGCGGAAGCAAAGCAGGAGAAAAUUCGCUACCUAGACGAGGCCCAUGCGGCCAAUCGUAAGGUUACAGAACUGCAAACCCGUCUCAAGUUGGUGGAGAACCGACUGGCGGAGAAGGAAGCCAUGAUUCGAGCGUAUCAAGGACAGAAAAUAUAUGGUUCGACAAACUCCUACGGAUCGUACAACCUAUCUAACGAUAGCUUCGCACUGAAUCCACUGGGAGCGUACAACUCGCAGGUUUCGUACGAUGUGUCGAAUAAUUCGUUCGAUGUGACGACCACAGCCUCGCUUCUGGAUCCUACCUAUGGACAGAAUCCGUCGUCCAGCUUCGCCUCGAACUACGGACAGACGAAUCCGAGCUUUAAGCAGAGCUCGAUCAAUCUGCAGACGACCGGUAACAAUAGCUACAGUUCGCCCAGCAGCAGCUCUAACUACAGUACCAACUUUGGAGCGGGUAGCGAACACACGACGAUUUACGACGCGAAGAACUUCGACGCCCAGCGCAAAUCCAUUGACGAUCAGCUCAAACAGCUGGACGAACAACUGCUCAGCAAGAGAGGUUUGUGUUGUUUCCCGAGCCUAACAACGAAGAAACCCACCCAGCCACUUCUCUCGGACGAGGUUUCCGUGCUUUCGACGAACAACAGCGACAGUUUCCUGCAGAAUCUUGCUCACAUCGAUCAGCGUGAUCGGGAGAGACAAGAUCGCCUGGAGCAGGAUAAUGUCACUGGAUCCAGCGGAGGGCUGAACAGUGGAAGCACAACGAAACCCGAGGAUAUGAUGCUGCUCGAGAAACAGGGUCGCUGCUCGCAGAAGAUUCGCAGCAACCAGAUGAGCAAUCUAGCCCACGUGACCCAAACUAUCGGGCAAAAUAUGACCGAUAUCAGUAACAUCGGAGGGAAUAAGGUUGCUACACUACUUCCCAAUAUGGCCCAACAGGCGGGAGGCAUUCUGCCACCACGGAAAGAUCGGGGAUCAUCACUGCCACCGAGUGCGUUGCCGAGACCUCCGAGGAGUUUGAAACCUCCCCGUAAAAUUGAGUACGGUCGCUUGAGUGAUUCGGAAGGUAAGAAACGAGCCGAGACGCCACCCAAAUCUGAAGCCCAGAAAGAUUACGAGAUGAAAACGUCCAGCCUUAAGCGUGCAAAUGGUGGUAACCCCAGCAAACGAGAGUUCUCUCCAGGAAAAAGUUACGUGGAAAUGAAGGACUCACUUCAGUUGGUGAAAGACUAUGGAUCGAUGAAGACCAAAAACUAUGGUUCACUUGGAAAUACAACGAUGGCUCCUUCGUUGAAGAGCGAAGGCAAGUUUGGUUUCGGGACGAAGUCAAACGCCACCACUGCCAGCAACUGUGAGUUUUCGAAGCCGGACUAUACGUCAACGAAAAACUAUCAAAGACUUGAGGAGCAGAGUUCACAGUCACGGAAGAGUUCCGCCGACAGUGGCACCAUGAAGCGAUCUCUCCUGCCCAACGUUCGUAAACUCAGUACCGGUCAGCCAGUCAAAGGCUCACGGGAUUCGCUCAAUUCAGCAUCGAGUGGAUCCAAUAAUUCCAACAAUUCUAACCAAAUCUUUCGUUCGAGUCCGGUGCAUUCCCAGCAAGUUCCACAACCACCAUUAGGAUAUCAUCACCACAACCAACUACAUCAUGGUCGGACACCACCACGUUUCAUACACCAUCUUCAGUCAACUUCGGUCGAAUCGAACAAAUCUUCCCACAACCUGCCUUCACCACAGUCCCCAACCAGCCAUCAACAGCCGUUCUUCGGUAAGAUGUCGCAAAACUCGCCCUCAAAACUGCAUCCCAUCAACAAUCAGCAACAGCUGCAGCAGCACAAACCGAGUGCCUUGCCGAGCGCAAGUAUCCUCCACGCAGCUGUCACGGCUUCGGCCACUUCAGCUAUUGGUCAACAGACAACUGCCUCGUUACCACCGAAGCCGGUUAGUGACAACAAAGGCUGCUCCGGUAGUAGCAGCAGUGGCUCCGGUCAGCGGAGGGGUAGUAGUUUAACGCGAGGGGAAAAUAAAUAUAGAAUACAGUUUUGAAGCGGAAAACGAGUGAGCGAAUUCUACGCGGAAAGUAUUUUUUUACGUAUUGAGUUUUAAGUAAUUUUUUAAACUUUUGUAAUUAUAACAGUGCCCCUCUCGGCGGGACGAAUGCUGUGAACAUUGGUUGCCAAGGGCAGAAUAAAUUGUUGUAUCUGGACGUUGUUGAACAUUUCGGGCGAUAGAUAAAACUGUAGCAAUAAAACAAAAU